ACUUCAUUCUUAAUUCCUAAUGCCAUUCUCUAUCGAAAAAGUCAUUCGCCCCAACAUUCUUGCCCUUGCUCCCUAUCGCUGUGCCCGCGAUGACUACAGCGAAGGUGUUUUGUUGGAUGCCAAUGAGAAUGCCUAUGGACCUGCCUUACCCACCAAGCGUGAGGGAGAACUCAACAGAUACCCUGAUCCUUACCAUGCCCGUAUCAAAGAACGUGUAAUCAAAUUGCGCAAUGUGCCUUCUGUUCGUCACGUAUUCCUUGGUGUAGGCUCUGAUGAGGUCAUUGAUCUUCUCAUUCGUGUGGCAUGCGUUCCAGGCAAAGACAAGAUUCUCAUUACUCCCCCAACCUACGGAAUGUACUCUGUCUGUGCCCAGAUAAAUGAUGUCGGUGUCGUCCGAUCAAACCUUGACGUUGAGGGUGGUGCCUACCAGCUUCGUCUUGAUGAUAUCGCUGCUUGCUUGAAAGCCAAUCCCGAAAUCAAGAUUGUGUUCUUGUGUUCCCCUGGUAACCCCACUGGUACUGCUCUGACCCACAAAAGCAUUCGCGCUGUUCUGGAGUCUGGGUACGAAGGAAUUGUUGUAGUUGAUGAGGCCUACGUUGACUUUGUCGAUCAUGAUGAUGGUACCGUCUCCACCUGGGUUGACAAGUACCCCAACCUUAUUGUUAUGCAAACUCUUUCUAAGAGCUUUGGUUUGGCUGGUAUCAGACUUGGCAUUGCAUUGGGUAACCCUGAUCUUAUUCAGAUCCUCAACAACACAAAGGCACCUUACAACAUCGGUACUCCCAGUGCCACAAUUGCAUAUGAGGCUCUCUCUGACGAGGGUUUAGCCACAAUGAACUCUUACCGCUCUGCACUCAUUAAUCAGCGCAACAUUCUCAUCAAGCGAUUCACAUCUUUCCCCGUCCAGGGUCUGGGUAACAUUCUUGGUACAAAUGACGCCAACUUUAUCCUGAUCGAGGUCCUUGACAAGAACAACAAGCCUUGUAAUGUUCGUGCCGAAAAGGUCUACAGUCUCUUGGCCGAAUCCCUGGGCGUUGUUGUUCGUUUCAGAGGCAAAGAGCACGGCUGUUUUGGCUGCCUUCGUAUCACUGUUGGUACCGACCAGGACAACAAGAUUUUGUUGGAGCAGUUGGAGAAAGCAUUGAAGACUGUUUAAAAAAAUGAAAAUGAAAAUGGAGGGUAGGGG